GGACUCACAUGCAAAGUACGCCACAAUAAUGGAGGGAACGAGUCCAGGCCGCACCGCUGCCAGCAGGCCGUCCACCACCCAUGCCUCAGCCUCAGGCUAUCCUCCCCUUUAUGAGAUUGAGCACUCUCAGCUCACUCUCUUCAACCGUCUGUUUGCUGCAGUUUACGCGUCUGCCAUCCUCGCCCUCCUGUAUCGCCAUGCAUUCAUGCUCAUAAACUCCCCCGCCUUAGCCUCCUCCAUUAUCUCCCUCUCCAUGCUGAUCUCUGAUCUUGUGCUUGCUCUCAUGUGGGCUGGCACCCAGUCUUGCCGUAUGCGUCCAAUCCACCGCAAGGAAUUCCCCGAAAACCUCAAUAGGGUUGUGAAAGAUCAAUCCGAUUUUCCUGCACUCGACGUGUUCAUAUGUACCGCCGACCCGUACAAGGAGCCGCCAUUGAGCGUGGCGAGUACGGCCUUAUCUGUCAUGGCAUAUGACUAUCCAACAGAGAAGAUCUCAGUCUACGUAUCAGACGAUGGGGGCUCGCAGCUCACUCUCUUUGCUUUCAUGGAGGCUGCUAAGUUUGCAAGCCAUUGGUUGCCCUUUUGUAGAAAGAAUAACCUAGUAGAAAGAAGCCCAGAAUCAUAUUUUGCUCUGAAUAAUUCUCCGAACUUUGAGGCCGAGAAGAUCAAGACAAUGUACGAUAACAUGAAAAUCAGGGUAGAUAAUGUUGUCGAGAGAGGGAAAGUUGGGGAUGAGUACAUGACUGGAGAAGAAGAGCGCAGAGCAUUUAACAAAUGGACAGAGGGAUUUACACGCCAAGAUCAUCCCACUGUGAUCCAGGUUUUGUUGGAGAAUAGGAAAGACAAAGACAUCACCGGCAAUUUGAUGCCAAAUCUUAUUUAUGUCUCCAGACAAAAAAGCAGGAUUUCACCCCACCAUUUUAAAGCUGGUGCCCUCAAUGCAUUGCUCCGGGUAUCGGCGACCAUGACAAAUGCUCCCAUAAUCCUUACCCUAGAUUGUGAUAUGUACUCCAAUGAUCCUCGUACGCCUCUGCGUGUGCUAUGCUACCUGCUCAACACUAGUAGUACUAGUACACAAGCUCAACUUGAUCGGUCGACCGAAGUAGGAUACAUUCAAUUUCCCCAACACUUUCGUGGGAUUAACAAGAAUGACACCUAUGCUUGUGAAUAUAAACGUUUGUUUCAAAUCAAUUCGGUGGGGUUUGAUGGACUAGCUGGGCCUAACCAUGUUGGAACCGGCUGCUUCUUUUGCCGACGAGCGUUCUUUGGAGGUCCAUCAACGUUUGUGCCACCAGAAAUCCCUGAAUUAGGUCCCUUCCAUGUUGUGGACAAACCUAUUCGGUCCCAACCAAUUCUGGAAUUGGCACACGAGGUCGCAAGCUGCAAUUAUGAGAACCAGACCAAAUGGGGUUUUGAGAUUGGUGUCAGAUAUGGAUCAUUGGUUGAGGACUACUUCACGGGUUAUCGGCUACACUGCGAGGGAUGGAAGUCAAUAUUCUGCAGUCCAAGGAGGGCAGCAUUUUUGGGUGACGCACCAAUUACCCUUGUCGACGUGCUGAAUCAACAAAAGCGAUGGUCCAUAGGCCUACUUGAUGUGGUUUUCUCUAAGUUUAGUCAAGUAACCUUCGGCGUCAGAUCCAUCGGUCUUCUCAUGGCACUUGCUUAUGCCCAGGUUGGCUUCUGGUCCUUCUGGUCCAUUCCCAUCACCAUGUAUGCCUUCCUCCCCCAGCUAGCUCUCCUCAACGGGAUCAGCAUCUUCCCAAGUAUCAAGUUGGAGUGGAGGAUGUGUUCUCGAAAUAGAGUUUUUCUAAUAUUCAUAGAUUUUUAUUUGUUUGACAUAUUCAAAGUGAAAAAUUAUAUGUUGCAGGUGUCAGAGUCAUGGUUUCUAUUGUAUAUGUUCCUUUUCUUAGGAGCCUAUCUGCAGGAUCUCCUCGACUUUUUGUUCUACGGUGGAACGGUCCAAAGAUGGUGGAAUGAUCAGAGGAUGUGGAAUAUAAGGGGCCUCACAUGUUACUUGUUUGGAUUCCUGGAGUUCUUUCUCAAGUCUGUGGGUAUUCCCACACAAGGUUUCAAUGUGACCAGCAAAGUGCUUGACGAUGAACAAAGCAAAAGAUACAUGCAAGGCUUCUUUGAGUUUGGAGUCCCAUCACCCAUGUUUGUGCCACUAACAACGGCAGCAUUUGUCAACUUAGUCUCAUUUGUCUGGGGGCUUGUAUGGAUCUUCAGAGGCAGCAAAGUGGAGGUGGAGGGACUGUUUGUGCAGAUUUUCUUAGCAGGCUUCGGAGUAGUGAAUUCCUGGCCAAUUUAUGAAAGUGUGGUCUGGAGGAGAGAUAAAGGAAAAUUACAUAUUAGAACUACCAUGAUCUCAACAUUUAUAGCAAGUGUUCUUGUUGCUGCAGCAUCUUUUGCCACGAGCUGAAAUUACGAUAUUUUAUUUUCUAGUUUAUUUUAUACUAGGUUCAAUAUUGCUACUUUUAACUGAGUAAAAGAAUUUGUAUGCAAACAAUGAUGAAUUAUUAUGGUAUGUUAAAAAAAAAAAGUACUUUUUGUAC